UAUCUGAAAAGUUACAACCGAAGCUUUUGGUCUAUUCGGGCUUUCCACCUACAUCCAACAAAAACUCGAACUCUACGAAACAUCCUUCGUUCAAUCGUUCUCCGCUUUCCAAAGUGAGGAACUUUGCCCCAAGCGACUGAGAAGCAUCUACGCAGGAGGCUAAUUACUAGUUGUUCUUCACCGUGUUCAGUGAACAUUGAAUUGCACUGGAGGUGUUUUUGACUUGCUCCAUGAGGACACAUAAUCAACAAUGCAUUUGAUUAAAUGAAGGGGCAUGAUCCUAUAAAUUCAUAUGGUCAAUACAGCCAGGCAGGCAAGAACUGCUGAGAGGGAGCACCUUAGAUUUGCAACAAUGGUUCAUGUUCUGGCAUACACUAUAUCUUUUCUGCUCUUCCUUCAUGGAUGCAGUAUCAGUUGUCUUUGUUUCAGUCACAAGAAUAUCAUAGACCACAAAGUGUUGAAUGUUGGGGAAGAGCUAUAUCAGGAAAAGUUACCUUUGCAAAUGGGUUCUCGCCUUUACCAGUUAAAAGGGCUUAAACCAUCCAUGUGGUACGAAGUGAAGAUAUCAUAUCCAGCUUCAAUACCAGCUAGCUUCUCUAUUUUGCUGAAAAGGCACGAUGAUGUCAAAGGUCUAAAUGUAAAAAGAAGACUACUCAACACUGAGAAACUCAUUUUUAAGGCUGACAGUCCUGACAUCCUUAGUCUUCAGAAUGGAUUGCAUGUUCUUGUAAUUGUGGAGCCUGCUGGAGUUGUUGCUAUCUCGCAUGGUCUGGAGAGAGAGUUCAUUGUUUUCAACAUAGUUUGCGAUGAAUUAUUAGUUGGGAUUCCACACAAAGCUUGGUGGGUCGGUAUGCUAGUAUUUCUCUGUUUGGGAUUGGCAUUAAUAAUUCCAUAUUUUCUCCCAUCAUAUCUAUUAGAGAACAGUCAAAGCUCACGUACAGAGUGCGUAGGGAAAAAUAAUGGAUUCUGGAGCCUUGAACUGCACAAAAUACUUUGCCUUUUCAUUUGAUGCAUCAUCUAGGAAGAUUGGCACUGCUUUCGGCAGAAAAAUGGAAAUGGUUAACCUGCAUGGUGAAAUGGCAAAUGAUCUCCGUCCCAUAUACAGAGAAGUUAAGGAGAAAAGGGUUACUGGGAAAAUUGUAUCUACCACAGGGGAAGAGGAAGAAGAAGAUGAAAGGAGACGGGGGAUUUAUCAAAAAAAAAAAUGAAAGGAGACGAGGGAUAACUGGGAUGAAAACAACGAAGCAUUUCUAUCUAGUGCAGAAUUCAUCUGGGAGAAGUCCAAUUGCUAAACCUCUGCUCAGUUUGCAAAGAGUAUAAAACAAAUACUUAGAGUGCAAAACCUUGUAUUAUUUUAUAUUUGCACUGUAUCGUAAACAUUUGUAUCUGUACUCCUUCCAAGGUUCAGUUUGGGAGGAGUGCAACUACAAAUAUGUACCUCCCAAACUGAGCCUAAGCGAAAACUGAGGUUUAGAAUAUAGUGGCAUUAUCUUA